AUGACAGCAAAAUCACCAUGUUUGGAUAUAUUACCUUUUAUAUUUCGGGAAGAACAAAUAAGUAAUAGAAUACAAACAUUUCCAACGGAAACUAUGAAAAAAGCAUAUCUAGAAUUAAAAGGAUACUUUGAACAAUAUAAAAUAUAUGCUGAAAAAUUAAUUAAUUUUAGCGGUUCUAUGAACGAUGAAAAUCAAAGGAAAGAAAAAUUGAUCAUUAAAUUAAGAUGCGAAUACUAUGCUGUGAUAUUCUCACAAGCAUCUAAACUUUUACAUGAAUAUAUAAAUUUUAGAAACAGACUUAUUUUAGAAUUAGCUAUAAAUGUUAACGGACUUAUUAAUUCCAUACACCCUAAUAUAAUACAACGAUUAAAUGAAGACGAACAGAAGGAGUUACAGAAAUAUUGUGAAAAUAUAAGGAGUGAAAGAACCCGGUCAAAAUUGCAAAAUAAAUUCACUGUCUGUUUUUUAAACGAUUUAAUUAUAGAAGAUUUAAAUUAUGAAGGAGUACAGAAAGAGAUGAAACCAAGGAAUGUUUUUUAUUCAGCAGGUUUGAAGGUAAGUGUGUUUGAAGACAAAGCUUUAGACUUGCAAAAAUGUGAAUGGGCCAAAAUUUUAAGAGAUUAA